GAAGGUUCGUCUUGUUCGAUCACAAGUGAGAGUUUAGAGCCACUAUGGCGGCGAAGCUCUUUUGUUUCAUGACAGUGCUUGUUAGUGGCAGUGACACUGGGGUAAUCACAAGUCUCAAAACUUGGAUAGGAUAACAGAAGGAUGGUGCGGGUGGUGUUUCUGCAUCCAGACCUCGGUAUAGGUGGAGCGGAGCGUCUGGUUGUCGAUGCUGCUGUCGCACUUAAGUCCAAGGGAUGUAAUGUCCAGAUCUGGACCGCUCACUAUGACCCGACCCACUGUUUCUCUGAGACCCUUGAACCAGAUUUACCUGUGGUUUGUGUGGGUGACUGGCUGCCCACCAGUGUUUUUGGGUACCUCCAUGCCCUCUGUGCUUACCUAAGAAUGAUCUACGUAGCGGUCUAUUUGGUCUUUUUUAGCGGGCUGGAGUAUGAUGUCAUCUUCUGCGAUCAAGUGUCAGUGUGUAUUCCGGUGUUGAGGCUGUCCCGUCACAGGAAGAAGGUUUUAUUCUACUGUCACUUCCCAGACCAGCUGCUGACUCAAAGGAAAUCAGCCCUGAAGAAGCUUUACCGCGCUCCCAUCGACUUCAUGGAGGAGCGCACCACUGGCAUGGCUGAUAUGAUUCUGGUAAACAGCCAGUUCACCGCAGGAGUCUUCAGGGAGACCUUUCGGAGUCUCACAGGGAUACAGACAGACGUCCUCUAUCCCUCCCUCAACACGCGCACCUUUGACCAGCCACCUACUGAAGCACAGGGUCUGGGGGGGCUGCUCCCGGAGGGAACCUCCCACCUGUUCCUCUCGCUUAACCGAUACGAGCGAAAGAAGAACCUGGGUCUGGCGCUUCAGGCCCUGGCGGCUCUGAGCAGCGUUCUUCCUCCGGCCCAGAGAUCGGGCGUUCACUUGGUGGUGGCGGGGGGCUACGACGACCGAGUCGGCGAGAACGUGGAGCACUACGCCGAGCUGAAAGAGCUGGCAUCGCAGCUGCACUUGGAGGACUGCGUGACCUUCUUGCGCUCCCCCUCGGACUCGGUCAAGGUGGCGCUGCUGCGGGCUAGCCACGCGGUGCUGUACACGCCGAGCAGGGAGCAUUUCGGGAUCGUUCCCGUCGAGGCCAUGUACUGCCGCUGCCCCGUUAUCGCCGUCAACUCCGGGGGGCCCCUGGAGAGCGUGGCGGACGGCGAGACGGGCUUCCUGUGCGAGCCCACGGCAGAGGCUUUCUCUAAGGCCAUGGAGAGGCUGGUCGUGGAGCCGCAGCUCCGAGGGGACAUGGGACAAGCUGGCAGGAAGAGGGUGCAAGAUAAGUUCUCUCUUCAGGCCUUCUCACAGCAGCUGUACGGAUACAUUGUCAGCCUGAGCCAGUGACAUCAAGACUGAAGGUUUUUUCUUUUUUUGGGGGUGGGGGCGGUAACCUGACUGUUUGUGUGUGUGAAGUAUGCGGUAUUACAAGGAUUUAAGAGGACAAUUAAUCAGCCUUCCCUUGGAAGCGUUGCUGAGGAACAGACUUCCAUACCAAUUAGAAAGAGAAUGAAGCGUUUCCAUACUGCGCUGGUUUUAUGUACGUGUCGCAGCAGGGCAACCCAAAAUAUUGAUUAAUACAGUGACAUGUUUUUUUCCCCCUUUUGGCUCGGCAGCCAUCUUUAUUAGUGGAGGAACACAGUUAUCUUCGAGUCGUACACACUGUCCUAAAUCAAUAAACAGGAUGCUUUCCUCCACUUCCUGUCUGCCCAGAGCUUUUAUUCCAAAGACGCUAGCCUGCUCCGUGACUCUUGCUGCUGCACGGAGGUUAUUAGCAGAUGAUAGAGAGUGUUUGGCUUCAUUAGAGGUCUGGCUGGUGGACAGCGUGCCGCUGUCUGGGUCAUUAUCAAGGAGGAGAAUAGCAGAAGGUCACUGUGUCUGCGCAACGGCCUCUUCCGCCCUUCUACUGUAUAGAGCUGUUCUUAUUGACAUUCCAGAAGUCUUAAUAAACUAGUCGACACACAAA